GCCUCCCCUCCACCCAAGGGAAGCGCUGCCUCAGCCAGGCUGCUUCCAGGAAGCCCCAGGCCAGGCCCCCGCAUUGUUCAGGCCCUGCAGCCAAGAGCCCAGCCAGACACCAUGAAGUCCAGCGGCCUUAUGGAAAGGUUGCUCAGAAACCUGGGGUGGAGGGACAGCAGCCAGGCCACCAGCAGGCCUAGGAAAGCAGAACCGCACAGCUUCCGGGAGAAGGUCUUCCGGAAGAAAGCUCCAGUGUGUGCGGUGUGUAAGGUGGCCAUCGAUGGGACUGGCGUCUCAUGCCGAGUCUGCAAGGUGGCCACACACAGAAAAUGUGAGGCAAAGGUAACGGCCUCCUGUCAGGCCCUGCCCCCCGCGGAGCUGCGGAGAAACACCGCCCCAGUCCGGCGCAUAGAACACCUGGGGUCCACAAAGUCUCUGAACCACGCAAAGCAGCGCAGCACUCUCCCCAGGAGCUUCAGCCUGGAUCCGCUCAUGGAGCGUCGCUGGGACUUGGACCUCACCUACGUGACCGAGCGGAUCCUGGCCGCAGCUUUUCCUGCACGGCCAGACGAGCAGCGACACCGGGGCCACCUGCGUGAGCUGGCCCACGUGCUGCAGUCCAAACACCGGGACAAAUACUUGCUCUUCAACCUGUCAGAGAAACGACAGGACCUUACCCGCCUGAACCCCAAGGUGCAGGACUUUGGCUGGCCGGAGCUGCACGCCCCGCCUCUGGACAAGCUGUGCUCCAUCUGCAAAGCCAUGGAGACGUGGCUCAGCGCUGACCCCCAGCAUGUGGCCGUGCUGUACUGCAAGGGGAGCAAGGGCAAGCUUGGGGUCAUCGUGUCUGCCUACAUGCACUACAGCAAGAUCUCGGCGGGCUUCUGGUGGUGGCUGGCAAUUCCUGGCAGCUCUUGGCUUGCAGUGGCUUCGCUCCAGCCUGUGCCGCCUCCGUCAUGUCAUCACGUGGCGCUCUCUUUGGCAGACCAGGCGCUGGCGACUCUCACCAUGAGAAAAUUCUGUGAGGACAAGGUGGCCACGGAACUGCAGCCCUCCCAGCGCCGCUACGUCAGCUAUUUCAGCGGGCUGCUGUCCGGCUCCAUCAGAAUGAACAGCAGCCCUCUCUUCCUGCACUAUGUCUCUGUGCCCGUGCUGCCCGCCUUUGAGCCCAACACGGGAUUCCAGCCCUUCCUCAAAAUCUACCAGUCUAUGCAGCUGGUCUACACCUCUGGAGUCUAUCGUAUUGCAGGCCCCGGACCCCAGCAGCUCAGCAUCAGCCUGGAGCCAGCCCUGCUCCUCAAAGGGGAUGUGAUGGUAACCUGCUAUCACAGAGGCAGCCAGGGGACAGACCGGACCCGCGUGUUCCGAGUUCAGUUCCACACAUGCACCAUCCAUGGACCACGGCUGACCUUCCCCAAGGACCAGCUGGACGAAGCCUGGGCUGAUGAGCGGGUCCCCUUCCAAGCCUCCGUGGAGUUUGUCUUCUCCUCCAGCCCCGAGAAGGGCAAAGGCAGCACCCCGCGCAACGACCCCUCCGUGUCGGUGGAUUACAACACGGCCGAGCCCGCUGUGCGCUGGGAUUCCUACGAGAACUUCAACCAGCACCCGGAGGACGGCGUGGACGGCUCCUUGGCGCACACCAGGGGCCCCCUGGACGGCAGUCCUUACGCGCAGGUGCAGCGGGUCCCCCGGCAGACCCCUCCCGCGCCCUCCCCGGAGCCUCCCGCGCCGCCGAUGCUCUCGGUCAGCAGCGACUCGGGCCAUUCGUCCACGCUCACCGCGGAGCCCACGGCGGAGUCCCCCGGCCGGCCUCCGCCCACGGCGGCCGAGCGGCAGGAGCUGGAGCGCCUGCUGGGCGGCUGCGGCGCGGCCGGCGGGGCCCGCGGAGCUGGGCGGGAGACGGCCAUCCUGGACGACGAGGAGCCCGCGGCGGGCGCGGGCCUGCACCUCGGGCUGUACCCGGGCCACCGGCCGGGCCUGGGCCGCCACUGCUCCUGCCGCCAGGGCUACCGGGAGCCCUGCGGGGUCGCCAACGGGGGCUACUGCCGGCCCGAGGGCACCCUGGAGAGGCGGCGCGUGCCCCACGGCUACGAGGCGCAGGGCUACGUGGAAGCCGCCGCGGAGAAGAGGCGCCUCUGCAGGUCGCUGUCCGAGGGGCCCUACCCCUACGCGGCCGAGCUGGGGAAGCCGGGCGGGGACUUCGGCUACCGCCCGGCGGCCUACCGCGAGGUGGUGAUCCUGGAGGAGCCGGGCAUGCCCGCUGUGUGCUCGUGCCCGGCCUGUGAGGAGAAGCUGGCACUGCCCACGGCAGCCCUGUACGGACUGCGGCUGGAGAGGGAGGCUGGAGAGGGCUGGGCCGGCGAGGCGGGCAAGCCCCUCGUGCACCACCCCGUGAGGCCUGCACACCCGCUGCCUCUGCUGGUGCCGGCCUGUGGGCACCGCCACGCCCCGGUGCCCGACUACAGCUGCCUGAAGCCGCCCAAGGUGGGCGAGGACGGGCACGAGAGCUGCGCCUGUGCCGUGUGCCCCGAGGGCAGGUACGGGCUCCCAGGGUACCCAGCCCUGGUCAGCUAUGGCUGUGGAGGUGCAGGUCCCAGCUACUGCCCAGCGUACGGCCGGGCACCUCACAGCUGUGGACCCCCGAGUGACGGCAGAGGGUACUCCAGCCCUGGCGCCCACUCACCGCGGGCUGGCUCGGUGUCCCCGGGAAGCCCGCCCUACCUGCAACCUAGGAAGCUGGGUUAUGAGGUUCCUGUGGAGGAUGGAAGACACGAGUACCCCCUGCCUGGGCACCUGGCCUCCGCAGGACCCUCGGCAUCUACAGAGUCUCCUGAGCCAUCCUGGAGGGACGGCUCCAGCGGACACAGCACGCUGCCUCGGUCGCCCCGAGAUGUCCCGUGCAGGGCCCCUUCAGAGCUGUCUGGCCCCUCCACACCUCUGCACACCAGCAGCCCGGUGCAGGGCAAGGAGAGCACCCGGCGGCAUGAUACCAGGUCUCCUUCCUUGGCAUCUGCCCAGAGACUGAGUCCUGGCGAGGCCUUGCCCCCUGUUGUCCAGGGAGGCACUGAAAAGGCUCCUGAACUGCUGGCUACCAAGAGGCCUGAGCCGCUGGACCCUAGUCCCUUCUCCCAGACCUCCCCACCCAGCUCACCUAAUGGCUGGCCGCAGGAAAGGAGCCCACCGGGCCAACCCAACAGUGCCAGUCCUUGGGGCCCUGUGCCAUCCACCCUGCCUGGACUCCGCCAUGCCCCAUGGCAGGGCCCUCGGCCCCCCCCAGACAGCCCAGAUGGCUCCCCUCUUACUCCCGUGCCUACCCAGAUGCCCUGGCUUGUGGCCAGCCCAGAACCACCCCAGAGCUCACCCACCCCCGCCUUCCCCCUGGCUGCCUCCUAUGAUGCCAAUGGUCCCACUCAGCCGCCACUUCCUGAAAAGCGACACGGGCCAGGAUCUGGGCAACAGCCAUCACCACCAGCCAGAAGCACCAACCAUGUCACCUUUGCACCUCCUCUCCCCGAUGUCACCCAGCCCCCAGAGCACCCUUUGCAAGAGAACCAAAGCAACGUCAAGUUUGUCCAGGACACAUCCAAGUUCUGGUACAAGCCACACCUUUCCCGUGACCAAGCCAUAGCCCUGCUGAAAGACAAGGAGCCCGGGGCCUUCCUGAUCAGAGACAGCCACUCAUUCCAAGGAGCCUACGGUCUAGCCCUCAAGGUGGCUACGCCCCCACCCAGCGCCCAGCCUUGGAAAGGGGACCCCUCAGAACAGCUGGUCCGACAUUUCCUCAUCGAGACUGGGCCCAAAGGCGUGAAGAUCAAGGGUUGUCCCACAGAGCCCUAUUUUGGCAGCCUGUCUGCCCUGGUCUCUCAGCACUCCAUCUCCCCCAUCUCCCUGCCCUGCUGCCUGCGGAUUCCAAGUAAAGACCCCCUGGAAGAAACCCCGGAGGCCCCAGCGCCCACCAACAUGAGCACAGCAGCAGAUCUCCUGCGCCAGGGAGCAGCCUGCAGUGUGCUCUACCUGACCUCCGUGGAGACAGAGUCGCUGACUGGCCCUCAGGCUGUGGCCAGGGCCAGCUCUGCAGCUCUGAGCUGCAGCCCCAACCCAGUUCCAGCCAUUGUCCACUUCAAGGUCUCAGCCCAAGGCAUCACACUGACCGACAACCAGAGAAAGCUCUUCUUCCGACGCCAUUACCCAGUGGGCAGCAUCACCUUCUCCAGCACAGACCCCCAGGACCGCAGAUGGACCAACCCUGAUGGAACCACCUCCAAGAUCUUCGGUUUCGUGGCCAAGAAGCCGGGGAGUCCCUGGGAAAAUGUGUGCCACCUCUUUGCGGAGCUUGACCCAGACCAGCCAGCGAGCGCCAUCGUCACCUUCAUCACCAAAGUCCUGCUGGGCCACAGAAAAUGAAGCAAUGCCACCAGCCCCACAUCCACAUCAACACCACACCCUCCCAGCACCCACAGCCCUGCCCUGGCCCUGGCGCCCACCCUAAGAGGGAGUGGGCCCAGCCUGGCCACUGCUCUUUCCUGCCCUUGCCUGCUAAGCUGAGGGAGUGGGCCCGUGAGAUGACCUGGCAUGUGAGCAGAUGGCAGAGACAGGUGUGAGGAGGCAUCCGGCGUGGAGCCCGGGAGGGGAACGACCCUGCCAGCUGCAGCUCCCAUCAUGGAGGGAGAAGGAAGAGGCUUGGGAGCUUCCUGUCUCCCUCGAAACAGAGACCAAAGUGGGGUCAUGUACACAGAGGGAAAAGAGAGUCUAUUUUUGUGUAAUAAAGAAUUUCUAUAAA